UGGAACUCUCCCCGGAGCCGGGGAAGCAGCAGCAGCAGCAGUAGUAGUAACAGCAGCAACGACGGGGGAGGAGGAGGAAGGUUUGCAGGGCAGGGCUGGGCUGGGCUGUGGGGCCGGCCAUGGAGCCAUGGACAGCCGCUGCAAGGAGAGGCAUGGACAAGAUCACGCUGAAAACGAUCCUCUUGCUGCCUCAGAUCUUCCCUGUCAAACUGGCCGGGCUGGAAGCUCAGUCUCAAGAAAGAGAAGUGUGCGUCGGAGUGAACAACCAGAGUUACUUCUGUGAAACGGGACAUUGUUGCGGAGAGUCGCAAUGCUGUAACUACUAUUAUGAACUUUGGUGGUUCUGGCUCGUUUGGACCAUCAUCAUCAUCCUAAGUUGUUGCUGCGUCUGUCACCAUCGGCGCGCUAAGCUCCGUCUACAGCAACAGCAGCGGCAGCAUGAGAUUAACCUCAUCGCCUACCAGGGGGCCCGUAACUACUCCCUGCUUCCGCUCUACCUGAGAUUUUUGCCAAGUUAUUUGCUCCCUCCUUAUGAAGAAGUGGUGAACAGACCUGUGACCCCACCGCCUCCCUACAGUGCCUUUCAUCAGCAGUGCGUCACAGCUUGCAAUAGCUCCUCCAACCCCGAGCCAGCCAGGUCUCCGACCGCCCCUAGUAACUCUGUGCCGACGGUGUGUGAGGUGGUGCCCCGGCAAGGGAGCGCGUUGGACCUUGCUUCUCCCCUCGCCUACUCGGAGCACAGCUUGAGCAAGACGCCGACAGCCAAUCAGACUGAGGACUUGGUUGCCGGCACCGAACUAGAGCCGGUGCGAGCGUGUUGCUUGGACCUGGAAGAGGAGCUGAGCUGCCCCGAGAAGGAGCAACUGACUGAUUAUUAUCCAGGCUCUUCCUCCAAGAUCGAGAGCUGGCACCACCAGUCCUGCUUGGAAAUCAAGGAUGUAGAUAAGACCCCGGGGAGGCACCGAAGGUUCACUGGAGACUCUGGUAUCGAGGUCUGCGUUUGCAACAGAGACAAUGAUCCGAAGGAGUUGGAUGGCCUAAUUGAUGGUUUGGGGGGAGCAAUGGAAUUCUGUGACAGCUGUCACAUGUGUGAAUCCUGCCCUCGCGCAGACACGAGAGAGGAAGGCCUCACUGAAGCACACGAGCAGCAAGACCACAAGGAGCAACAUGGCCCAGAUGUCAUGGAGGAACCGGUGUGUCUUUUGCUGGAUACCAUCAACGAGAACGAGUUGCUGCAAGCUCAUCAGCAUCACGACCCUCAAACCUAACUGAAGCCCCUCACCCUCCGUCGGCUGCACUCUUUUUGACGUUUUGUGCUCAAUGACUCCUCAUACUCUCUCUUUUCUCUGAGCUUCAGAAUCGUUCUGGUCUCACGCGUACUCGGAAGAGAGAGAGAAGAGAAAAAAAAAAAACCGGUAAAAUGCCAGAUUGGUGGUGGCAGGCAUUGGAACAGAGACCGAGCUGGCAACAUUGAACCAAGAGAAAUUGGUCAGGCUAGCUACAAGAAUAUCGUUCUGUGAUGGUUCGUGUUGACCCGUCAUAUUGUGGUAUAGAAGCAAUUAUGGCGUCAACUGGAAUUUUGUAUCCAACAUUUAAAUUUUUAAUCGAAGCAUAUUUGCAUGGGAUCAUGACCCUACAUUCAUCUUGUGUCAUUUGAAAAGACCACUUUACUUUUCUUUACCUGUGUCCUUGGAAGAGAGACAGCUUUAUACACCUUGGUUACAAUCGCAAACAGAAUGAAAACUGGGCGGCUUUAGUACUGGCACACAACGUGCUUUUGACUAGAAAGGGGUGAUGGGUUCUCUCUUCUGGGACUGUGAAUACCAGCUUUAAACCGCAUAAAGGGCAUCUUUCCGCAAUGUGUAUCUCUCUCUCUCUCUCUCUCUCUCUCUCUCUCUACAGAAGCACAAGUUUCAUUACUUCGGUUACUAAAGCUUUGAAUUUUUACAUUCGCAUUGCGUAUGGAGGUUCAGGCAGCUUGGAAAGUCAAAAGAUGGUCAGACCACCUACAGAAGUUGACACAGUGCAGAACAGAAGAAAAAAAGCCAUAACUGGGUUGGAUCUGCAAUUUUUCUUUGUAUUGUGUCUGUAACUGUAAAUUUAACAUGGGGUAGUGCCUGGACUGGCAUAGGUGCUGUUGUUGAGAAUGAUUGAUUUUUUUAAAAAAAAAGAAAAAAAUAAGUUUCCUAAGUGAAACAAAGUUGGCUUUGACUGA